GUUUUCGUGCUCGCUGUUGAAUUGUAACAUCAUCGAAUGAGCCGUCCGAUCUCAAUUGGAAAUCAUUUAUUAUUCAUUGAACUCACGAAUGGGAUCGGAUCUAUCGAAUAAAGGUGAAGGCGACUAGGACGUCCAUAGCAGAGAUAUGGGACUAGUCAGUAGCCAGUGUAAGCAUGAGCUACGGGUUUCACAGUUGCUGCAAUGGAACCAAGAGGAAUAAAUGCUGCCCAUCUAAGUUACCCUCAAAUCACAGAUGCAGCGAAGGUAAAGGAUCCUCAGGAAGAGGAGAGAAUAUGGAUAGAGAAUCUUCUGGCUGUCAGUGAAGAACCAGACGAAGGAUGGGAUUAUAUUGAUCAGAUAAUUUGUAAUGAUUGGAACCUAGCGGUGCGGGGAUGGGACGACACAGUGCCUUAUGUGAAGUAUGCCUGGGGAGAUGCUCCUGUAGCCUCGAAGAAGCGGGAAGCAGAGGAUCAUGGUGGUGGGAAAAGGAAUCGAGGGAGACGUCACCAGCAGCCACCUGUAGAUGACUCCUGGAAGCGUUGCGUGGAGCCAAAAACGUACAGGUAUGUGUAUGAUCCCAAAGGAUUGCAUCACACAACCCUCAAGUAUUAUAGUGGAGUUACCCUUGAGAGAUCAGUGGAGGAUGACGGUUUCUCGGAUCAUAUUUUGAAAUUACGGGAGUAUUUGGAGAAGACGUUGAAUCAUGCCAAGAAGGAGACCUCACAAGGGAUCAAGGAGCAUGCCAAGCUUGGGCAGUAUGUUGCUAAUAAAACAUCCACCUCAAGAGAUAGGAGAGAGAAGCAUUCUUUAGAGAAGAAAGUUGGUGGGAAGCUGCGUGGACUUGGAGAAGGUUUGUAUGUUAUGACAGAUGACUCGUGUCCAGAGGACGAGGAGGAUGCGAGGGUCACACUGAAAGGUGUGGAAGGUAAGGGCUUAGAUGAUAGUUUGCGUGCAAAGAUAGACCGUCAACCAACUCCGAUCUUGCCAAUUAGGAAAGUAGAAAAAGUAAACCAUGGGCAAAUUGAUCAUAUUACGAACCAAAGAGAAAGUCCGCGGCUGAAACUCACCCAUGGUUUGAAUGUUGGAAGCGGAGCGACAAGCAGCUAUGAGAAAUUUCCAACCAACAGCUACGAGAAGUUCCCUACACAUUCUGUUCAUGUAACUCCUCAUAACAUUCUUGACUUAACGCUUAACCCUCUCAAAAAAGUGACACCUUAUCAGAGACAGAUCCAUGAUGACAAUGAGGUUCUAUUGCAUGAUCGUGGAGAAAGGAUACCACCAAGCAAACCGUCUAGUGCUAAAUCCGAGCCAGACCACACUCCAUCCUACAAAGUCCUCCUAGAACGUUCUUCUGCGCCUCACAUGGGAAGCAGAGGAGAUAGGACAAUGCUUGCAGAAGUGAACGGUAAAGCAAUGCCCAUGCCCCCGCCCGUCAAAGAAUUCCCCCUUGCACAAGAGCUUGCUGCGGUAAGCAAACUUCUCAGAGAUCAAGACCAAAAGAACAAGCACAAAGGAAAGCAAGGAAAGUCCAAGCCAAUCAAACUUGGGGCAGGGUAUGUGAAUGAAGCAGGACCCAAGCUAGGGGAUCCAUUGCACCGUGGUGUGAUGGACAGAGAGACAGCAGGGGCCAUGGCUGCAGAGUUGCUACCUGGAGUGAGUGGACAUAAACUCAAUCUUCCAGCAUAUUCCCAAAGAAUUCUUUGAUUCCAACUUCAAGGGGUCGUGUAUAUUGAAAUGUGACUGUGGUAUCUACAUGUACAUUGUACUAAAUAAUCUUGUGUUCCUCUAGCCAACAUAUGCCUACAUCCAUGUUUUUCGCCCAUGGCCCAUCUUAUUAGCAUCAUUAAAUUCAUUUAAUAGUUACACUCCAUUAUUCUUAGUAGAAUUAUUUGUCAGGCAUGCUUUUUCUGUAUUGAAUUACUGUCAAAUCUUUUUUUCAACAGGCCUUUCAUUGCUUGUAACACCUGGGGGGCGUUUCAUGAAAGGACUUGUCGGACGUUUUAUCCGACAAGUCCCAUUUUAUCCGACAGUUACCAUAGUAACAGUACCUCUCAGCCAAUCAACAUCAGAGAAAGAUGUCAGAUCUGACAACUUGUCGGAUGAAAAUGUUGAUGAAACACUCCCCAGGUGACAAUGUUUAGGUUUAUAAUAUGCUCAUUGCAAAUGGAAAUGACAACACUCACAGUGCAAAAAUGGCACACCUUUUUCUAUUUUACUGUCUUUUAUGGAAUAAUGUCAAGAAAAGAAAUCAGAAUAUAUUUACCAUGGAAACCAAUCUUUUUAGUCUUUCAUGUGGAAAAAAAACUUGUGAAUGAAACCCAGUUCUCUUGGUACUUGUCAAAUGAAAAUGCAGCUAAUAUGCUUUAUGCAGAUUGUGGCGUACUACAAUUUUUGCCCAACUACAAUGACAGAACAAUUACAUUUUAUCUAUGUACAUGCAUGUUAAUGUAAAGAGGUACUCCUUUUAGGCUUUCUAUUGGUGCAAUGUAUUGGAUGUUGGAAUUUGAUCACAGGAUAGUGAACAGUGGGAAUGUUGUCAUUUUACUUGCAGAAUUUGAACUUUGACCUUUACUGAAAUCAGGGAAAUGUCAUUAAAAAAUAAUAAUUUCCAUUCUUUCAAAUAUUAACUGCAAUUUGGCAUUUACUACUUCGUAUGUUUUCAUUGUGCCUGCAACUGCAUUGAUAAUAGCAGCAUGUAUGAGAGCUUUAUUGUGAGUUGUAUUAUUAUGUAUCUGUGUACAUAAUACCCUACCGUGUAAAGGUUGAAUAUAAUUUUGUUUUAAUCAAUAUUAUGGCGACCUACUUUCAUCACAUUUUGUGAAUUUGUAUGUGUAUGUGUACUGUACCAUGCAGUCACUUCAAUGUACUUUGUAUUAUUAAGAGCUGUAUACUGUAUGGAAACUAAACUUUAUGUAAAUCUGCCCCAAGUCAUUUUUUGGGGCUACAGAAAUCUGUUAGAUUGAGGUGAAAUUCAACUUAGACUUUAAAAAAAAACUAUAUUAUUUUUUGUUGUUGCAUAUUCUGAUCUGAAGAAUUACUUCCACUUUGCCAGUUAUAUAGUACUGAAGUGAUGGUACCAUAUUUUGAAAAAGCAUGAUGAAAUACCUCCACGAAUCAAAUUUGGUAGGAAUCAGUCGAUGGGGGCCUGAGAUAUGACCUCAUGAAUACAUAAUUAGCCCCAUUGAAGUCGAUGUGUUAUUGGCCUGGUUCCUAACAUUUAGAACCAGGCCAAUAAAACACUGACUUCAAUGGGGCUAAUUAUGUACACUGUAUUCAUGAGGUCAUAUCUGAGGCCCCCAAAGACCGAUUCCCAUCAAAUUUGGGUUGUCAUGCUCAACCGAAAUAUGGUAUAAAAAUGGUAUUUAAAUACAAAAAAUGAAAAUGGAUGAUGUCACACUUUGGUACUCUAAUGCAUUUCUUGAAGGUUGACAUAGGCAGACCUGAAAAUUUAUAAGCAUUCAUUUGAUACCCAAGGGAUAAGCUAAUGAAGUUGAGGAUCUAUGAGUUUCUCUAGUAGGUCCAUGGUAUCAGUCAUCACCCUCAAUCUCUAAUGCUGCAUCAUCAUGUGUUUCUGCAUAGUUCCAAUUUACUAAAUAACUGUUACAGUGCUGGCACACUUGGAAAAGUUAAUUCACCCAUUACAUGUAUUUAAUUAGACUUACAUGGUGAACAGAUAAAGCUUAAAGUAUAUGUGCAAGUCUGACAGACACAUUUAAAUGACACCUCUAAACCUGUGACAUUUUGAAAAGUGUCUUGCUAUGACUUGCCCGUGCAUGCAUGCAUGCAUGUUCAUGCACAGGAAAGUCAAAUCAGUGAACACUAUUAAGGUAAAUAAUAGUCUUUGAUGAUAAUAAAUUAAUAAGAAACUUGUACCUACAUGUUAUUACAAUCAGGGGUGUGAGAGUUCAGAUUUUUUUUUUUUUGAUUUUCAGCUUAAUUUCAGCUUAUUUUUGGCCUUCCUCUGUACAAAAAGUAUGGGAGCUCUUUCUAUUUCAGACCUUUUCAACACUCUUCAGCUUUUUUCAGAUCUUUUUAGUUGUGACCACUCACACCCCUGUACAAUGAAAAACUGAAAAGUCAAUCAUGCUUGGUUGUUUGUUGAAAAUCAGAUUAUUUUAAUGUCACUUUGUAUUCGAUAGAUUUAGUGUUUUAAACACAGAAUUAAUUGUUUAAAUGAGGGGCUUUCUAUAGAAUGUAUGUCAUUUUCUUAAGAAUUUUCUGACAAAACUAAAAAAAAAAGUGUUCUCUUAUAUAACUGAACACACACUUUAAACACGGAGGGACAAUGUGAAUUACAGAAAUAAAAAAAAGGAGGCACAAGGCUCUCAAGUAUACUACACCCACCAUGCUUCGAUCUGUGCCUGUUUACAGUGGCAGCCACAGGAUUUUAAAAUGGAGGAGGGUUGCACAUAUUUAAUAAAUUUAAAAAACAGAGGGGACGCAGAAGAUAAUUUUCUUAGAAUGUUAGAUUUAGCUUUAAUAAUAUGUUCAAUGGGCAAUUCUCAGAAUAUAGAGAGGGGUGGGGGGUGCCCCUUGCGCUCCCACCUGGAUCUGCCAGGUCAAGUCCACCCUUGAAAAAUGUUAAUUUGAAUAAAUAGAGAAAAAUCAAACUAGCAAAACGCUGAAAAUUCAUCAAAAUUGGAUGUAAAAUAAGAGAGUUAUGACACUUAAAAGUUUUGCUGAUUUUUCACAAAACAGUGAUUUAUGCACAACUCAAAUGAGAAAGUCGAUGAUGUCCCUCACUCGUUCUUUUUUUUUUUAUUGUUUGAAUUAUACAAUAUUUCAUUUUUUAUAGAUUUGACAAGAAGGACCAACUUGACUGAAUCAUAUACCAAUAGUAUAAAACAAUGCUCAUUCCACAUGUUGAGGGAGGAAUUAAUCGUUGUUUCACUUGACAAUGAGGAGAAAAAUAGAAUAUUCCCUAUUUCAUAUAAUAAAAUACAAAAUAAAUAGUGAGUGGAUGAUGUCAUCAUUCUCCUCAUUUGCAUACCCACCAGGAUGUGCAUAUAACUGUUUUGUGAUGAUAUAUAACAUUUUUUUUUAUGAGGCACCAAUUAUCUAGUUACUCUUUCUAUGGCGCCAUAUAUAAUAUAUUACCCUGGCUUUAGAUUUUAAAUUUGAAUUUAUUGUGUAAUGGACAUGUAGUUGUGGUACAAGGGUGAAAAGAAAUGUAUGAUUUACCAAUCAAAUGUGAUAACAAUUGUCUUUCCAAUUUGUAAUUUACAUGUAUUCUCUAUCCUUCCACAUUGAUUGUGCUAAUUUCUGGACUAUUUUAUUACCUAAAUUAAGGAAGGUGUUAUUUAUUCCAGCAAACUAAUGUCUUUCAUAAUACCACCUAUAUAGGUAUACACAGAUUUAAAAAAAAAAUCUAAAUACUCUGUAUUCAUUUGUCUUUAAUAUGAUUCAAAUAAAUUGAUCAUGGAAAUUA